AUGAUUCCGUAUUCAGCUAAUUCAGCCUACGUAAUUCCGCCAACUUGGUGCAACUCAAAUACUUUGUGUGACGGUCACAACUUUUUUAAUGGAUGUACCCACCAGUCGAUCAAAUCAUUGCCAUUUACAAAUUUCUUGUCCCCGAAAAUGGAAAGAUUUUAUAGAGUUUCCCAGGUCACACUCAUCACUUUUACUACCAUUAA